AAAAUUUAAAAUCAGCUGUUUUCUUGUCUUGUUUUGUUGGACGUCGUAGGUGUUUUGGAGGUUGAUUUGACAACAAAAUUGCAGUGUACAAUGAAAGCUGUAGGAGAGCGUUUGAAGCAGAUGAUGAGACUCUUUAGGCGAGAGAGCCAUCGCUUGCUGGAAUCCGAGAGAACGACCGUGUAUGGGGCCGACGCCAUGCUGAUGGUGCUGCAGCUGGUCAUGGCCCAAGUCAACAAGCAGGAAGGCGGCGAGUUCCGAGUGGCCCUCAGCGACGUCCUGCUGGCGUGGAAGCGCUUGCUGGUGGACAAACUGGACCUGCGCCCCCCGGACGGCCAGGCGGCGCGGCGCCAAAGCGGUGACGUCAUCCCGGAGGCGUACGAGGCCUUCCUGAAGCGCUCCAACGCUGUGGAUCUGGUCCACGUGCUGGCCAUGUGCCAAGGGCUCCAGGACCCCGAGGAGCUGGUCAGUCCUGUCGAGCUAUACGAGUUCCUAUCGGGCAGCUCGGAUGUCCCGGACGCUCCCAUCCCGUCAACACCGUCGGCCGGCAGCCCGGCAUGCGGCUGGCGUGUGAAAUCUGCAGUGAGAAGAGUAUUCUGCUCCUACCUGAGCUUGCUGGUCAACGCUAAGGACGACCUGGCCACGGCGCUGACUCUGGACGUCCCCGAUCGGGCGCUGGGACGACAGACGUUCACCGAAGUUAAGCGUGCGGCGCGCCGGAGCGACAUGUCGCUCUUCUUGGCGUUGACGUCGUUCGUGAGGACCGUCCAGCUGGGUGGCAAGGGCUACGCGCCGGCGCCCUCUGACCCGCUCAGGAAGCACAUCAAGGGCCUGUCUGCCUUUGUCCACUUCAUGGACAACCUGCAGGACAUCCUGGGGGAGACGCCUGACCCCAGCGUGUGCGGGUCGAAGCUGGUGUGUGCCAUCCGCGGGGUUCUGGUGAAGGCUUGUGACUCCAGAGACAUCCGCUCCGCCGCAGAGGAGACGGCAAGCCAGCUGAAGGAGGAAAUCUGCAAACUGCACCAAAUCCAGAAAGAUGAUGCAGUUGGGAGCGGGAUCAGCCCUGCCAGGCCGAAGGCGUACGCCGUGAACCGCGCCACGGCUUACGGCGGCCGAGAUACGGUGAAGGUUCUGCUGGCUCUGCUGGACCAAGAAGCCGCGACGCCGCCUUGCUCUAACAAGGCCGACUUGCUGUCCGAGGACCAGCCCGUACUCAACGGGACCGAAGCCACCUCCGUUCUGGCCUUGUUCAGGUCCCCUGAGGUGUCCACCGGAUCUUCCCCAGAGCCCCUGAAGAAGCGAGCCCGGAGCCUCCUGGCCCCGCUCAAAGCCAAGAUGGGACCCCGAGCAAUCCGAUCCCAGUUUGCUUGCACCUACCAGGAGGACGAAGAACCGGCCCUCAAUCGUGUUCUGCUCUUCCCGAGCUCGAGCCAAGUGCCCACCUGCGUGCACCCGGCACCCAAACCCAAAAGCGGACCUGCGACCUCAGCUAAACCUUCCGAGACGAUCGCCGCCUUGGCUCCCAGGAGCGCGAACUCCGACCCGGUCCGAGCUGCGGGUUCAGACGGCGCAGUUGAAAAGACGACAAAGAAGAGGAGGCGGGCAGAUGUGGGGACGGAGAACGAAGCUCCGGAGAAGAAGAAGAAGCAGCCGCUGAAAACCACCAAGAAGACCAAGAUGAUCACAGGACAGGCCACGCUCACCAGCUUCUUCAGAGUUUCGAACCACCAGUGACAACCCACAGAGAGAAAUUUUUUUUUUUUUUUGGUCACUUACUGCCAUUUUGGAGACGCUUGUGUUGCUUUAUUGUGUGGAAAAAUCAAUCCCACGAGCCUUAUUUUGAAAGGAUGAAACCACGCUGUAAAUAGGAGUUCAUUUGAAAUAAACUUUUAUUUUAUUGUACA